AUGCUAGCGUUGGUUAUAGAGGUGUUUAUCAUCGGGGCGAUUCACCACAGCCACAUUGCACAGCAAGAAUUGGAUCUGAGCAGCAACAAGAUCAGCGCCCUGCCGGACAUCACCGGACACUCCGCUGAGGGCCUGCCGCCUGUUCUGCUGGAGGACCUCUGUGUGCUCGAUCUGUCGCGCAACGCCCUCACCUCGGUUCCCCCCUGGCUGUUCGGUCUGUCGUUGUCGGCGGUCACGUUCGCGCCGCGUCUGGGCACCCUUCGACUGUGUGGCAACCAACUGCGCAGCGUGCCCCGACACAUGUGGCUCGCGGCGUGUCUGUUUUGCCUCGACUUGAGCCAGAACCGACUGACUAAGCUGCCCAAGUUGUCCGUCGAGGAGGUCGCCUUCGCCGCGAAGACUCGAGCCCUCGGUCGACCGUCGGUUUUCCCGUCCUCCAGUAAGGUAGUUUCUGCCGCACGCGAAGUCUCCUGUCUGCCACAACUGCUGAAUGGCGUGAAACAGGUCUCAAUGCUGACGUCCGGCAAAGAUGAGAUCGUUCGCAACUCAGUCGGUGGUGCCAGUGCCCAGUCGCCAGCACCUCCACACCGAGACGGAGUGAGUCGCGACGGCCGCGUGUGGACGGGGGGUCUGGUGCAUUUGUGGGUUCAGCGCAAUCGACUCUGCGAACUUCCGCUUGAGACGCUUUGCGCAGACGUGGGUUUGAGCCAGCAGGCGCCGAAUCUGGCCAGUCUAGACGCCAGCGGCAACCAGCUGACGCAAUUCGGCUCGCCCUCGGACUACCCCCCUAGCCUCAUCUACCUCGAUUUGGCCAACAACAAGAUCUCCGCAGUCGGACCCAGUGACGUCGGUUCCGGUGAAGCGGAAAAUGAUGCGAGAGAACAAACUGCUGCAUCGGUGGUCACAGGCGGUCAAUUACCGAACCUGCUACACCUCUGCCUUCGCAACAACUGCCUCACCACGUUCAACCCAAUGACGCCACAAGCGGCCGGAGGUGGGGAUGCGCCGCAGCAUUGGUUCCCUGAGCUGACGAGUCUCGAUUUGUCAGGCAACGCAACGCUGAAGAGCCUAGGCUCGGUGAUUUGUUGCUGUGAAAAGCUGUCGUCGUUGGAGUUGGACGGCUGUGCAAGCCUCUCGGAGGUGGGUGCAGCCGUCAUUGUCGACGCGCUAGACGACAACGGCCUGUCAGCCUAUCUGGUCGCCGCGUUUUACGGCCACGUGGAUUGCGUUCGCCAGCUCCUCGAAUUUCCGGACAUCGCUGUGACUUCAUCGUCUUCGCCAGACGAAUCCGUGGUUGCUGACGACGUUGGUGACCCCUUCAGUGACGAUCCCAACGGAUUGGCCUGCUUUGUAGACGCCUUCCGAACGCUUAAUUUGCAGUGGUAUUUCACCAAGGACGGUGCUAAUUCGGUUGUACUUAAUCCCAAAAGCCAUCCGUCCGGAGACGGUCACUUCAUUUGUGGCAAAUUCAAUGCCUUCCACCUCGCUAUCAUGACAGGUAACUUAGACCUCGCCAAUUUCAUCUGCGGUUACAUGGAGGAAGAAGAAUACCGCGGACUGGGCUCAGAUGCUGGCGCCUGCGUCCAAUGUGCUACUCUACCAGUGACUGAGUCGGUCGACCUCAAAGAACCGCUUGCAAGGCAGUCUCGCAUGAAGCUCCUGGCUAACCCUGUCGGAUUGGCGUGCUGCUUAGACGACGUGGUCACCCCAACGCAGUGGUUGGCAACAGGGAUGUUGCGUGUGCUGGCAUUCCACGGCGCCAAGCCACCACCAAACCACGCACUCCUACACCUCCUCAUGGAUCGGCAGCGUUUCCUCCUGGUCGGUUGUGUGCUCUCCAUGUGCCCCAGAGGCACGCCGAACGUCGUUGACUGGUCGAACAGGGCCAUUUUUCGACACCUGCCCGAUGAGAUGCUGGCCAGCGAAAUCCUCGGAACCCUUAUCGCCGAUUGGUUAACGUGGCUCGUCGACGCGAGGUCGGCGCCCAGUCACCACCUCACUGUCUGUCGACCUCCUCCCGGAUCGGGGGUGUCGCUCGACUCCCUGACCAAAAUCAACUUGUCCAACAACGCCCUCAUGGUGGUACCGCUGUGUCUACUGACCCAAUUGCCGCGUCUACAGGUGAGCGAGUGUGGCUUGCUUUGGAACUGCCGUGUCAAAGAACCCCAGCACAUUCCUCGACGCUCAGGAGAUUGUUUGACACCCUAUCUAGGCGCACUGACAGUACCCUUCAAACCUAGUUACUUGGAUGCUGCAAAGGCUGCAUGUUCGAACCCCUUUCCCCCUGUUUUGGUCCAAAGUUUACUGGUGAGAUGCCGAACCCAGUUACGGAGUUGA